AUGGCAGAGCCUCAACCUUCCGCCGUUCAGGAAGGCGCUGCCGACCCUCACGCGCCCACUAGCACAGCCGAAGACCGCAAAGCCGCCGCCGCCCUCUCUACUCUCGACGCUCCUCAAGAGGGAGAGAACGGAUCGAAGAAAGAAGUCGAUGGCAAGGCACUAGACAAAGCGAUGAAGGGGCUAAGUGUCAAAGAUAAGAAGGAAGGCGAGAAGAAGAAUGUCAAGAUUGAGGCGGCGGACGUCAAUCUGCUGGUCUCUGAACUCGAAGUUACGAAGCCAAAGGCGACAGAGUUGUUGCGUGCGCAUGAUGGCAAUGCGGUCAAAGCAAUGAAUGCGUUUGUUAUGUCGGCCCCUUGA